AUGGCGCACCAAGGAGACGGAACAAGAGGUUACGGAGACAAGUAUGAUCUCCUGAAGGAGCUCGAGGCAUUGCAGAAAGAGCGAGACAAGCUGCAGAUGCAACUCGCCGACCGGGAGAAGGAAUACUUCGACAUGGACGACAUACUCGACGAAAGACAAAGGGAGCUCGAAUUCCAAGAGAAGAAGACAGCGCGCGUGGAAAGACAAUUACAAGCGUGCCAGGCGGAACUACAACAACAUCAAGGAGACGCAUCGCGCAUACAGACCGAGCUUGCAGAGGCGAAGAAGAAGGCCACAGAGAAGCAGCGAGCGGAGCAGAAAGCGCUCAAACAGCUCGAUGAUGCUCGUAACCACAUCUUUCGCCUCCAGCCGAGGAGGACAGACAUCACCGAAAGCGAGGCACAAGAACUAUUUUCGGAUCUGUUCAAUAGCAUACACAGAUGGGUCACCAAUCGCUUAGAGACCGUCCUGGACGAGCUUGACGAGAAUCGUCUGCGGAGUAGACCAUACGCCCGAGAACCCGCGAAACGAUUUGUCGAUCUUGUCAGUCGGCGAGGCAUGCAGCAUAUGAAUGCCUCGAAUAAUGACGAGUGGAUCGUGAUAUCUGUGAUCUUUCAAUUCCUCUAUCGGGAGUUUUUCCAUCCAAGCUUCUAUAUCCCUCUCCGGGGAGAAGAUAAGCAAGGGAACAUCAUCGCGACAAUUGACAGGAUUGAGUCGUCAAUGAGCCACGUUCCAAGAGACACAGAUGCCCCACACUGCCGCGACUGGCGCGUCGAAGCCCUAACUGCCCUCACUCACGAAAAAGGCUUCACCGAGCGACGCGAAGCCUACGACCGCUCAAAGACGGAAGAGCUUCUCGGAAUCAUCUCGCCUCUAGUCGUCAAGCCCUCAAAAGACAUACAAGAAAUCAGAACUUCGAUUGGACGCAACAUCAUCAGGCCCGCGCUAGAUUUAGCUCACCGUCUCCAACUGGCUACAACGCACUUUUACUUCGCGUGGACGUCGUUCAAUGAUGACUUGCGUUCCGGCGCUGUCACCUCCACUGACGUUAAUCUCUCGCCAUACACUUGUGUGGAUUUGCUACAAGGCGGGAAGGUCGUCAAGGCUCCAACGAGUUCGCAAAGUCAAGUGCCGGGCGUGACGUAUCUCUUUGACAUCUCGCCGGGCUUAUAUAGUCGAAUUCCAGAGGGGGAAGGGUUUUCGAAUUCAAGCGCGGUGUAUGCUUCCCGGAUCGCGGUAGUAGCAGGCAGGAUAGGCGCAGUCAUUCCGGUUCCUCAAGGUCCUACUUUGCUUAGGUGGAUCGAGGGGGAAUCCAGAAGAGAGCCGAUUCCAGUGAAGAAUACGGGAGGGGAAGUGCAGCAGCAGCAGCAGCAGCAGCCGAAAAGGAAGUUUGGAGAGAAAUUCAAGAAUACGCUUAGGCAUGGGACAUCGUAAAUGGAUAAUAUGAACGUAUUGUUUGAACUCGUUAUUUUUGAGUAAAUGAAUACAAAUAUCCCUACUUAUCAUCAUAGAGCCUUUGAACUAGCAUUCGUUCGGUUAAAAAUAUCUCCAAUCCACAAAAUUCGUUGCUUUGAACAGCUGUUGCUGCUUCUUCGCAAACUUGCGAAUAAUAA